AUGGACCCCAACCUCAACGGCCUCCUCAAAUGGAGCAUGAACCAACAAAACACCGACGCCAAUGCCACCGGUGCAACCCCAGAAUCCGCUGCCCGCGGCCUCACACCCGAAAUGCUUUCGAGUCUUUUCGGCGGCCCCUCUGAUGCAGACCUCAUGAAAGCCGCGAUGGCAGCGCUGCAUUCCGACGACGUCGAUCUGGAGAACAAGAUGAUCGCGUUCGAAAACUUCGAGCAGAUGAUCGAGGGCAUUGAUAAUGCGAAUAAUAUGGAGCCGUUGGGGCUGUGGACGCCAUUGGUGCAGUUGCUCGAGCAUGAGGAGGCGGAUAUGAGACGGAUGUCGGCUUGGUGUAUUGGGACUGCUGUGCAAAAUAAUGAGAAGGCACAGGAUAAGUUGAUUGUGUUGAACAUUUUCCCUAAACUGGUCUCGAUGGCCACGUCAGAUCCUGCCCCCGCCGCUCGCAAAAAAGCCGUUUAUGCAAUCUCCUCUGCUGUCCGGAAUUACCAGCCUUCCAUGGACGAGCUCGUUAAAAAUCUUCCUGACGGAUACCCGCAUGGUGGGAAGUUCGAUGCCGGUGACAUGGAGGCUGUCGAUGUGAUUAUCGACAAACUGCGGGCUCAUCCAUGUGAGCCUUCUACAUGA